UGGACUCGGCUGCUUUUUCCGGGUUUAAUAAAAUAAGAGCAAACUGCAAACCUUAUCAGUUACAGUGAGUUACUUCUUAAUUUUCUAAAAGACGGUUUGUCACCCACUUCAACUUGUAAUUAGUUUUAGAGUUUAAGACUAACAAUAAAAUAAUGCUGUCAUUGAAUAUUCUUAUGUUUUUUGUUAUUGUAAGUUGUUUUCUUUUCCCGCUCUGCCUAGUGCCUACUGACCAAAAAAUUACAAGCAGGAGCCUUUUACAUAUAAUUUUUUGGUGUACCUAGUCCUACUACCUAGUACAGUAACUACAGUUUGCCGACUUCUUGAGACUGUUCUGUCACUAUGCUAAAGUGCCAGCUGUGCUGUGACAGUGUGCUCCAGCUCCAGCCUGAGUCGAGUGUCUGACCACCGCCCGCUGCCGUUUAAUAGAAGUCGGUCAAGGCAGUUCUUAUCAGGUCAAUAAACCCUGCAGUAAAAGUAAGUAUCGCGCGUAGGGGGCUGCGGCGUUUGUUUGUGUUUAUACUGUAAUCCAGUAAAUGAGUCUGUAAAGUGUAAAUCCAGUUUAUACAGUUUAAGACUGUAUAAAAUAUAAAGUUUAUACAGUAAAUCCAAAUCAAAUCUCUUGUUAUCUGUUGUCAGUGUUGUGAGUUGUUUGAGACAAUUUAUGCCAGAUCUUGUUGCAACAAUCGCAUGAUGUGUCUUGCGUUUUGGAUCUAAUUCGGGUUCCUACGAUUCUUGUAAAUGUUGUUGUUCUUGUAAUGCUGCAGCGUUUAUCGUUCUCCCUCAUCUUGGGCAGUGUUCUGCCUUUAAAUAUUUAUCGCAGCAUCAUGAACGGCAGCAUCGCUCGCGCGACAACCGCCGUCACGAUCCUACCAGAUAUUCCUGGAUCACCGUCUCGAUGCAAUGAUCUUAUAAUUUCGGGUCGUUUGAAUUCUGGCAAGGCCGUCGUCUACUUCGGAGGGGACAUUCAAGAUUUGGAACCUGCGAUGGUCUCGAGUGGCUGCUCGGCGUACCUUGCAUGGAGUUUAGAGAAUACUGCGACGCUGCUAUCUAGCAAGUUCCCCGACCAUCUGAUUGUGGCCGUACGACCCGCUCGAAAACAGGACCUCGUGUUCAGCUGUUUUGACAAUUUUGUGCAGAGCACCGCGGAGAUUUCUCCGUCGGAAUAUGAUCCGCAGUACGGAGCGUCGCAGCACCUAGACAGACUGCUUUCCUCCUUGCAGAAUCUGCUACGCAGUACUUUCCAGGAAUUGUACAUUGUUGGAUUCAGUAAGGGAUGUGUGAUCCUGAAUCAGCUUUUACACGAAGCACCGCACAUACUGGAUAAGGAUGGAAGUGCUGGGCUACCUGUUUUAUCGAAAGUUAAAAAGCUGUAUUAUCUGGACAGUGGACAUGCUUCGACGGUUGAUUUCUGGGUGACAGAUGAUCAGGCCGUUCAUGCUUUCGUUAAUUUGACUUCGCUGGACGCGGUGCAUAUUUGCAAUACGCCGUACCAAACGGAAAGGCCCGGAAGACCAUAUUAUAAACUUCAGCUAAACUUAUUUGCUGACAUAUGCCGUAAUUUGAAAGUACUAAAACAGCAAAUUCUUCUUUUCGGCAGCAAACCAUUUGAUCAAGUAACUCUGGAGGAUCAUUUUCAAGUUUUGAAAUUGUUUCCGGUGUGAUUUUACGCUCACCUGUUGCGAUAUCAAGACGGCAUAUUUUUGUUUGUACAUAGUUUUAUUCUCUUAUAAAGAUUCGUCUUUGUGUUAACUAUAUGCAUUGUGAUUAAUUUGUGAUAGAAAUAUGCACUUGCAACUAAUAACAAACGGCACCAGUCG